UCGCGUGUUUGCUUCAUAAUUGCUGCUGGAUCGGGCCGGGAUCCGUGUUUCCUGAUCUUCCAUCAUCAUGAGCACAUUGCUAGAAGCUUCUCAACUUCCGCAAUCGCGACUAUUCUUUCACACUUAAAGUCAACCAGAGAUCACAGCUUGCUCCCUCAAUACUGCCUCAACCCAUCCGACCCUUCGAACCGAAACAAUCAUGUCUCGAUUCUCUCGCUACGACACUGACGAAGAGCGCCUCCCCGAGGGCAUGACCCGCGUCGGCUACGAUGCAGACACCCAAGUCUAUACUUUCCGAGACGCAGACGGCAGCCUCUGGGAGUCCGCGCCGGGUUGCCAGUACGGCCGUCUGACGCGCGUCUCCGGGCCUGCCGCCGACGACGAUGCGAGCGAUUCCGAGCCAUUCCUCCAUGACUCGAUGCCCAAGACUUCAUGGCGACACGACAUGAUGCCGCUGCUCAACUUUGGUGUCCUGGUCGGGCUGUCGCUGCUCGUGCUCUUUUGGUUCAUUGGCCGAAAGACGCCGGAGGAGAAGCUCGAGGUGGUUGUCAAGUGCCCUGGACGUAGCGUGACGGUUGCGGAGAAUGACAGCUGUUGGGACCUGGCUCAAGCUCACGGCCUCACGGUGGACGAGCUCGUUCAGAUGAAUGAUGGCUUGGACUGCAGCAAGCUGAUGGUUGGGUACGAGGUGUGUCUUUCGGUGUAGCUGCAGCAGCUGCAGCCGCAGACGAUGAUAUCAUUGGCAGGGCAGAGUGGUUCUGCUGCCUGCUGCCGAUUUUCUUCGUUGCGUCUUCCAGUUGGUCGAUUUCCUGCAGUUGGGCGAACUCAUGGCUCGAAGAGGGCCAGUCUGGGCGUUUUGUUAUUCUUCCUUUGGUCUGUCACUUCCUGGUUUCUUUUCUCACUAGGUCCGGAGUCUCUGCUUCAAUCUUCAUCCCGUCCUUUUCGUCAGUCGU